UUUGUGAGGGUGUUUCUAAGCAACGCAAACUUUUCUGUGGCCAAAAUGACAAACCCUUUGGCGAAUUUUCUAGUUCGUCAGGUUUGUUAAUCAGAAUUGACCAUCUAUAGGGUCUUUGGAAGACUUUUAUUUUGACAGAGCUUGAGUCAGUACAGUGGGCGAGUGUCGCGCGAGUCGCAGAGCUCUCCUGACCAUGUAGGAGCUGAUGUGUGCGGAUAUGCUAACCUAUAUCGCGGAAAACGUUUCUGUGUUCGGUUUGCUGAGUGAGUAAAGUAAACGUAAUGGACAUGUUGGCCCCUAUGCGUCUCUACACCCUCACCAGAAGGCACUUUGCUCUGGUGUUUGCGAUUUUCUUGAUGUGCUUUGUGCUCACAGUCCUCAUCGGCGUAACAGGACCAAAAGUCAUCACAGAAAAUUCUUACAACGUCUUAAGUACUGGCAAUGAAUCUAAGACGGGACCCUUUCACAUAAAAUCUCCACCUCUGUCCAAUUAUAACCAGCAGUUAUGGCUUCUGUGUGUUAUACAGAUGACACAAAACAACGAAGAAGACUUCAUAAAGAAUUUUCAGAUGAAUGUAGAAUUGAAAGGCGUGAUGCAGGACGCCAGCAUUAUGCGCAUCAGUGAUAACGUGCAUCGGAAAUCACGUUUUCUGCAUUGUGCGCAGCCCCACCAGCUGUGUGACGAGUUCAUCGUUGUGCACCUGGGCUACUUGAACUACACACAAUAUCAAAUCAACGUCAGUCUGAAAGGCCUGGAGGGAAAGUCACAAAACAUCCAAAAUGUUACAUUUGUGAUCAAGACUUACAACCCCAAAUUCUCCCAGGUGGAGAUCUGGUUCCGAUUUGUAUUUGUUGUUUUAACCUUCGUAGUAACGUGUAUGUUUGCGCAUUCCCUGAGGAAAUUCUCAAUGAGGGAUUGGGGAAUAGAGCAGAAGUGGAUGUCUAUUCUUUUGCCUUUGCUUUUGCUGUAUAAUGAUCCAUUCUUCCCAUUGUCAUUCCUGACAAAUAGCUGGUUUCCUGGAACACUGGACACUUUUUUCCAAGCUCUUUUCUUGUGUGCCCUUCUGCUGUUCUGGCUCUGUGUAUACCAUGGCAUCAGAGUACAGGGGGAAAGAAGGUUUUUGACAUUCUACUUGCCCAAGUUGGUGAUUGUGGGGCUGCUGUGGAUCUCUGCUGUUACCCUGGGCAUAUGGCAACUGGCAAACGAACUGCAGGAUCCCACAUAUCAAUAUAACAUGGACAUGAAGCACUUUCAGGGCAUGAAAAUAUUCUUCCUUUUGGUGGUGGUCCUGUAUGUUCUGUAUCUGGUAUUUCUGCUUGUGAGAGCAUGGUCGGAGCUGAAGAACAUGCCCUACUCAGAUUUGCGGCUGAAGUUUCUGACAUCUUUGACAUUUCUGGUAUUGAUAAUUAGUACGGUCAUCCUUUACCUGCGAUUUGGAUCAAAGGCUCUAAAAGACAACUUUGUUGCAGAAUUGUCUACCCACUAUCAGAAUUCAGCUGAAUUUUUAUCCUUCUAUGGCCUUCUCAAUUUUUACCUCUACACAUUAGCAUUCAUCUACUCACCCUCCAGAAAUACUUUGUAUGAUUCCCAGAUGAAAGAUAAUCCUGCUUUCUCAAUGUUGAACGACUCGGACGAUGAAGUGAUUUAUGGGAGCGACUAUGAAGUGAUGCCUCUUCAAAAUGGCCGUGCUAUUAAAACCACUUCCAAGUACCAAGAUGAGACUGACAGUGACUAACAUGACUUGACAGUCAUGACCUGUCAAUUCAGCGUGGACAGAGUGAGAGGCUAAAAUAAAAAAUAAAAAAAGAACUGUACAGUGACCUUUGUGUAAAUAAUGCCAACCCUUUGUGUGUGUGUGUGUGUGUAUGUAUACACAUACACUCACCGGCCACUGCUAGUAAAAGCUUGGACCCCCUUUUGCCUUCAGAACUGCCUUAAUUCUUCGUGUCAUAAUUUCAACAAGGUG